UUCAGAGUCUUUUCCUUUAGAGGUCAUCAUUUAGUGGAAAUCUUUCUCUUCUUAAGAAGGAAGCAAGCACCACCCCACGCCCUUCUCAGCAGCUCUACAAAGCACAGAUGACCUUCUGAUAAAAAGUUCCUUUUUUCUUGCCAUUGGCUCACACUGUACAUAAAAUCUAAUUUGUUGUUUCAUGUUUCUUUAAAAUGAACAAGCUGAAUUACUCGGAGGAGAAAGACAAGAGAGAUAGAGGAGACAAAAGUGACAGCAUCUGAAGGGCAGGAACUUACAGAGAGAAGACUUGUGUCCUAUCUCUCCUUAUCAGAAAUGGAACCAAGCAAUGGCAGCAGGAACUGCAUGAUUGAAAGCUUCAAGAAAGAAUUUUACCCAAUUGUAUAUCUGAUAAUAUUUGUCUGGGGAGCCUUGGGAAAUGGCUUGUCAAUUUAUGUUUUCUUGCAGACUUACAAGAAGUCCACAUCUGUGCAUGUUUUCAUGCUCAACCUGGCCAUUUCAGAUCUCCUAUUCACAAGCACUCUGCCCUUCAGGGCUCACUACUACCUGAACAGCUCCAACUGGAUAUUUGGGGACCUAACAUGCAGAAUUAUGUCUUAUUCCUUGUAUGUCAACAUGUACACAAGCAUUUAUUUCUUAACUGUGCUUAGUGUUGUGCGUUUCCUGGCCACUGUUCACCCCUUCCGGCUUCUCCAUGUCACCAGCUUCAGAAGUGCUUGGAUCCUUUGUGGGAUAAUAUGGAUCUUUAUCAUGGCUUCUGCGGCAGUGCUUCUGAAGGGUGGUGCUGAGCUGAAGAACAAUAUCACAACAUGCCUGGAGUUGGAUUCCCAGAAGCUUGGUAAGCUGCUCAUCGUGAACCACAUUGCCUUGGUGGUAGGCUUCCUGCUGCCGUUCUUCACACUCAGCAUCUGUUACCUGCUGGUCAUUCGGGUCCUGUUAAAGGUGGAGAUCCCAGAAUCAAGUCUGCGAGCUUCUCACAGGAAAGCACUGACCACCAUCAUCAUUGCCUUGAUCAUCUUCCUCCUGUGUUUCCUGCCUUACCAUACACUGAGGACCCUCCACCUGAUCACAUGGAGCAAGGAUUCAUGUGGAGAUGGGCUGCAUAAAGCUGUGGUUGUCACCCUGGCCUUGGCAGCAGCCAAUAGUUGCUUCAAUCCUUUUCUCUAUUACUUUGCUGGGGAGAAUUUUAAGGAUAAGUUGAGGGCUGUAUUCAGAAAAGAUCAUCUAGAGAAGGCAAAGACAAAAUGUAGUUUUCCUAUUUGUGUGUGGCUGGAAACAGAAACAAGACUGUAAAGAGUUAGUAGGUGAGACUUGUUCAUGUAUCUUAUGUCCUUCAUUCAUGCCUAGUCUCCAAAUUACUUUGUAUUUGCAUCAUUCCCAACAGAUGUUAAUCCCCAUUUAACUGACCAUGACUUCUGUCAAUAAGGCCUACGUUAGGAAUUUCACUGGGUAUAUUUUCAGUGAUACAGUCUCAGCGAGGGAUGUAGUUGGAAAAAAUCCCUACUGGACUAUUGCAUGCUAAAUGUCAGAUUGGAGGCAAAUGUCAAGCGCAGUGGAUUCUGCUUUUCAUCAGAUUCUGAACCAGAUCUCUAAUCUAUCACACAUUUUAAAUUCUUAACUUUGAAAAGGUAGUCAUGUAUCUCAAUUUUACCUUAAGCCUUGGGUUUGGACUGACAUCACUGAAGUCCUCACUUUUGCCCAUUAAUCCAUCAGGAUGGUGGCCCGAAUAAAGGAUUUGGAAUAAUGAUUUGGUUGAGCACUCAGGGGAAAGGUAGGGUGUAGAGCAACUUAAAGAGGUUGCUGUACCCCUGAAAUUCUAUUAGUGUGCAGCAGAACAUGAAUAGAGAAUGCAAGAAAAGUACCAGAUAAUGGUAACGGUUCUUUUCUGUCCACUGAAAGAAGACUAAUAAUACUACCAUUGACUACCAUCAUGAUUACUAUACUCUCUACAAUUGAGUGAUCUCCUUGUACUAAAGAUACUGUGCUAGACCCUUUAGGUCCAUUAAUCCCACAAUUCCCUCACAUUUAAGCUCUAGGGAGUUUUCAUUUCACAGAUGAAGAAAAGGAAGCUCAGAGAAAUUAAGAAAUAUGUUCAAGUUCACAAAUUUAGUAAAAGCUUUAAAAACUUCCAUGUAGAAAUAUUACUUGGUGCUCUCUUCAUUAAUUAAAGAUUUAUUGAUUAAUAUUUCUUGAGAAACUCCAGGAGCAGUGGUUGAAAGCAUGAGUAAGAGUUCUCUUUUCCUACUAGGGAUAGUUUCCUCCUCAUUCUCACAAGAAAACCUAUGAGGUAUCUUUGGGGUUGCUGGCCUUCAGUACAGUGCAGUGUGGUGUUUUGAAGAUAGGGAGGAACUAAGGCAGUCUUUACACUAGACAAGUACCCCCAUGCUUUCCUUUAUUCAUCUACCAGAGUGACAGAUAGAUGCCUGUCAAGACAGGACACUAGAACCUCCACUUAUGGAGACACUUCCCUUUCCUAGGACAAAGGUAGAUAGAUAUAGAUGGCUGGGGACCUUCCAACCCCCAAACUGAGUAUCUGCCUUCUUAUCUACUUGACAGUGAAGCCCACAUGCAAUGAAUCCCUUCCACUCACAUAGAGCACCUAAUCGAUUUGUUACAGUCUCACUCUUGACUGUGAAUGACUGUCAAUGGCCACUACAUCUUUGAAGAAAGGCCCUGACACAAAAAAAUAUGACAAAUAGAUAGAGACAUUUCUGAUAUGAAAGGUCUCAACAUUUUAAAUCACCCUUGCCCCUUAAUGGAAAAGCUACUGGGGCAUGUGCUCCCAUGAAAUAAGAAUUACAUCAAAAGAGAAUUAAGAAAUAAGGAAUCUAACAUAGGAGAAAUGUGGGGAGAACUACCAGGAUGUCAGUACACAGAUGGGUUAGAAAACAAUUCAUAUGAGUUGGAACAGGAAUUUCAAAGACUCUAAGCAGGACAACUCCAAGAAAAUCAAGAAAUCAAUUGACUCACAUGCAUUUAAGGGUUUUAUAUUUCUCUUGGGAAGUUUGGGAUGAACUAAUGAAGAACGGUAGAAAAAUAGAUAAGCAAAAGAUAAUGAAAUUAUUAAAUGUUAGGGGAAAAUAAAUUGUGUAAUAGAAGGAAUAUUACCGUAGUACACUACAUGGCUCAGUUGUGAAUAACAUUUAUAUAGAGAAUAAAAUAGAUAUAGGCACACUGUGAUAUAUUUAUUCAGGAAAUGAAGGCAGAAAGUGUGCAUAUAUAUGGGAGAUGUAUAAGAAACCUUAAUUCCCAUCUUCCAUCAGAGAGAAUGCAUACUAAUUAAACCUGGAAAAUAGCUCUAUAAUGAUAUUUAGCAGUAAAUAUCAUAAAAAGAAGAAAAAAGAAUGAACAGAUUGCCUCUAGGCACAAGUUGCAGGUGAGAGGAUAGGGUGGGACCUUCUCUUUCUUUUUAAGAAUUGUUUAACUGUCUAAUUUGUGAAUGUUCAUUGCUGAAAUAAAAUAAAAAGUUAAAUUAAAAUUUAAAAUUCAAAUUAAUUCUAAGUUUUUAAAGAAACAAGAAAAAUAUAAAGGUUAACUGUCUUUUGCAGGUUUUUGUUACUGAAAAGCUGUCAGCUGUACUGUUGCCAUUUCUUUAUUAACAAUGGCUAGUAUUUACUCGUGCUAAGCUUCCAUUUAGAAAAUACACAUAGGGGUCAGGGAUUUAGCUCAGAGGUUCCACUGCCAGCCUCUUAAACACAAGGUCCCAAGUUUGAUCCCCAGUACAAAAAAAAUGCACUUAGAUUUUUCAUGCAAUACAAGAAAUUGAAAAUAUUACCAAUGGUAUUUUACAGAUGAGGAAACUGAAUCAUAGAGAAGUGAUUUGCCAAAAUGUACUGUACUUGCAAAUGAUAUAACCAGUGUUGAAACCCAGUCAGUACAGUUCCAGGGUUCAUGUUCUCAUCAAUCAAAAUAAUCCCACACUCUUAUCUACUGUAAGGUGAUAUUGUCUUGCAGAUGAACUGCUUCUCUUUCAGGUUGUCCUUAAGAUCUUCUCUGUAUUUGUGUUCUGAAAUAUUGCUAUAACUUGUGGAGUUGUAUUCUUGUUCAUUACUAUGAUUUGAAUUCAGUUGUGCUUAACACAUUGUUAAAUCCAUGUUUUGCAAUUUUUAUUUUCAUUAGAGUAGGUACUCCAUAUCUGUAAAUCCUGAAUCCAUGGAUUUCACUAACCACACAUGGAAAAUAUUUGGAGAAAGUGUUUUGUCUGUACUAAACAUGUGCAGAUUUUUCUUGUCAUCAUUCCUUCAACAAUAUAUUUAUACAGCAUUGUAUUAGUAAUAAUGAGUAGCCUAGGGGUCAUGUAAAGUCCAUGGGAUGAGGGACAUAAGUUAUAUGUAAAUAUUACACUCUUUUAUAUGAGGAAUUUGAGCAUCCACAAAUUUUGCUAUUGCUGGUGAGUACUGAAAUCAAUUCUCCAUAGAUACCAAAGGACAACUAUAUUUUACUUGUCAUUUCUUGAAAUCUAUUUUUUUUGAAGUGACGUGGCUGUAAUUUACAGUUAUUUGCUCUUGUUAAUCCCGUGUUUCCUCCAAAAUAAGACCUAACCAGAAAAUAGGCAUUGGUGGUUACCACUGUGUUGAUGGCCAGUGUCAUGCAGAUUAUACCUCAGGAUUCUCUUGUGGAGGGGGCUACUCUGCAAUCACAGGUAAGGUAAGGUGAUUGGGGUGGGUGAUUUUGAUCUCUAGUUUUCAAGAUGGAUUAUUUUCUGGUUAGGUCUUAUUUUGGGGGAAACAUGGUCUUUUCACUCAAAUUAAUUAAAAUAUACAUUUUAUACUUUUGAUCUAAUAAUUCUAUUAUGAAGUGUUUGCCAGUCUGACCUUGCUAUCUAUCGUUUCUGCUUCAUCUCACCCAGGCAUAUGGUGUGUUUUGUGAUUUUUAACUGUGAGCCCUGUUGUUUGAAACCUUUCAUUGGGAAUUAUUAAGAAUUAUCUUUACAUUUCUUUUUUUUUAAGAGUAGGAAAAAUUUAUUGAAAGAUAGUAUCUAAGAGAGACAGAAGGGGGAUCAAAAGUGGGCUGCGUCUAUCUUUCCCUUUCUUUAGAGAUGUUGUACAUUUAUAUCUGUCAGGUUUUAGAGUGUAUAACAGUCUUGGAAACAUAUUCACCAUUUUUUUGUUUGUUUGUUUUACAAAACCCCAUUGAAAUUGCAAAUUGUGGCCAUAAAAUCCCUAGUAAUUAGCUCAUGAUUAAAAUUUUUUAGGUCAGAUAUUUUCUUCCACCUAAGAGGGAAAAAGUGCUUUGUUCUUCCCUCUUCAAAUAGGUUUGCUUCUCAUAUGCUGUUAUGCUGAGAGAGGAGCCUACUGAGAUUUAGCUUUAUGUGGGGGGAUAACAUAGAUCUUGUCCACAAAUUGUCACCACUGAUUCUUUACCUGCAAGUGCAUGUUAUUCAUUUCAUCAAGUGCAAUCUAAUUCUCCUUCUCUUAUAUAUGAUUUAUUUGGCCAAUACAAUACAGCGGAAAUAAUAUUCUGGGACUUCAGUGGCUGGUCAUUAACAUGAUAUUAAGGUUUGUGCCUGCACCUCAUGGAACUAGCUCUUAAGAUGCUCCUUCUUGAAACUAAACCAUAAUUCUGUGAAAAUAUCAGUCUACCCAAAGAAGUAGUAUGAAGAUGCUUUAGUUGAUAAUCCCAGCUGGUCUUCCAGCCAACAUCUGGGAUCAACUGCUACCAAUGUGAGCCCUCCUGGGGAGAGAGCCAUGCCUUUAGAUGGCUUCAACUCCAGCAUCCCUUUACCUGCAAUCUUAUGACAUGUCCCAAGUGAGAACUUCCUGCUGAGGCCAGUCAACUGUAGAGUAAUAUAUUGUUGAUUUAGGCCACUAAAUCUAGCAGCAGUUGUUACACAGCAUUUCUUCAGUUAGACUUUCCAACUUGAAUGAGAUGUAGGCUUUACCCCUGGGUUUCCUCACCCUAUGAAGUUAUCUAUAUAGUAAAAUAAGUUCACUAGAGUUUAGAAAAUAUAGUGAAAGUAGUUGUUUACCCUAUUCUUCUCUGAGUUCAAACUUUUACUUU